UUUUUUGUGCGAGGGUUUUUGUAGGGUGGCUGUGCUCCAUCAGUCCGAGGAGUGUAAGCCGCUCUCACCGUGUUGGAUCUCUAAUUUCUCCUCUACCUCAGUUGAAAAGAAGUGAACAUUGAUACUGAGUUAAAAUUUUACUAUAUUUUUCAAGGAUUGGUGCAAUUUUAAGGCAUGUGUAUACGUCGUUGCUAAGAAAUAUCGGAUUUAAAGUCCGGGUAUCUACGUUGACUCCUCUCUGCUCGCGAGCUUGCCGUCGCUCCGGCUAGUCAAGGCGUCUCCACGCCCGGGUUUCUCGCUGCUCGUCUCCCUCCGAUGUGAUAUGGCUGUUUGCGGAUCUAGGAUUUCUCACUCUCAGAUGGCUUUCGCUAACGGGUCCUCCAGCGCCCACGACCGUGCAAUCCUGAGUGCAACUCAGACCUACUAUCAGCCUUCUCCUGCCGCUUCGUCUGUGCCUAGAAGAGAAUUUGAGCCCGAUCGUCCAAUCGGUUAUGGGGCGUUUGGUGUUGUCUGGUCGGUGACGGACCCUCGCGAUGGCAAGCGGGUCGCCCUCAAGAAGAUGCCCCACGUCUUCCAGAACCUCAUCUCAUGCAAAAGGGUCUACCGGGAACUCAAGAUGCUCUUCUUCUUUAAUCAUGACAAUGUGCUUCGAGCUCUGGAUAUCCUUCAACCCCCACAUGUAGACUUCUUUGAAGAAAUAUAUGUUGUAACAGAGCUUCUCCAGAGCGACCUACACAAGAUCAUCGUAUCUCCCCAGCCACUCAGCUCAGAUCAUGUCAAGGUCUUCCUCUACCAGAUACUCAGAGGGCUCAAGUACUUGCAUUCAGCGGGCAUCCUACAUAGGGAUAUCAAACCAGGCAAUCUUCUCGUCAACAGUAACUGUGUACUUAAGGUGUGUGACUUUGGUCUGGCCCGAGUGGAGGAGCCCGACACCAGCAAACACAUGACCCAGGAGGUCGUGACCCAGUACUACCGCGCCCCUGAAAUCCUGGUAGGGAGCAAACACUACACCUCGGCCGUGGACAUGUGGUCGGUAGGCUGCAUCUUCGCGGAGCUCCUCGGCCGACGGAUCCUCUUCCAGGCUCAAAGUCCAAUCACACAACUCAAUUUAAUCACAGAUCUUCUUGGGACGCCAUCUAUGGAGGAUAUGAAGUACGCCUGUGACGGAGCACGGGCUCACCUCCUACGCAUGCCACAUAAACCGCCUUGCCUCUCAGCUUUAUAUGGUCUCUCCAGCCACGCCACUCAUGAAGCUGUCCACUUACUCAGUAGAAUGCUCGUCUUCAAUCCGGACAAAAGGAUUUCAUGUAUCGACGCCCUCGCGCACCCUUACCUUGACGAGGGGCGGUUACGUUACCACACAUGCAUGUGCAAUUGCUGCCACAAUACAUCGGCAGGCCGGCAGUACACCGGCGAGUUUGAACCCGCUGCCCCUCAGAGGUUCGACUGUUUGUACGAGGACGACCUCCACACGGUAUUGCAGGUCAAAGAAGCGCUACACAAAUUCAUCACCGACAGACAUCAGGGUAACACCGUACCUCUAUGCAUCAACCCGCAAUCAGCCGCCUUCAAGAGUUUUGCAAGGACUGGGAAAAAGGUUUUUGAUGUACCAUCAGACGCUGCCAAUUUACUGAUUCCAGUUCGUCAGUAGCCAGUGCAUCGGAGCUGCCCCCAUCACCCCAGCCGUGGGACUGAUGAGAAGGCCGGGAGGGGACUACGCCCCGCCCCCACCCACCAGCCACACCCACGGCAAUCAAUGAAAAAACGUCUUGUCCAGAUACGUAUCUCUAUAUUCCAAGCCUUACUGUGUGUUGAAGAAGGAGGGAGAUCUUACAAGAAUUGCCAAGAAAUAUUUAUAGCUAGUGCCUCGACUGUUGGUUAGCGCCCGUCUCCUCCACCACGUCCGCCCCAGUUCUUGACCGAGUUGAGCAAUACCGACAGAAUUCGCCCCCACCCUCUCCAUCAUCCUCUCCUUGUGAUGUGCCCUUUGACCUCUACUGACCUUUUGACCUGUGACCGAGGAGCAGAGUUAUAUUUUAAAGGUGUGUGAUAUGCUCCAUGAAAACAAAUGUGCUAUAUUAUUUCACUCGAGCAAACAAUGCUGCAACGAAUAUACAUCCAUCACAUACACUGAAGUGGUGUCAGCAAGAAACUUCCCUUUCGACAGAUAUAUAUAUAUUAUGUAAAGGUGCCACAGGAAACUUCAAAUUGGCGUGACCAGCUGUAUUCAUUUAAGGAGAUUUUAAGUUUUUAUUUAUGUUCCGGCGUUGCUGCAUCGUGAGCCCUGGCUGCCACAAGGAACACAGAGUAUGAUGUUACGACUUGCUGCUCCUUUCAAGAGAUGCUGCGCUUUUUAUGAAGAAUGGGUCAAAUUGGAAUAUGAUCUAGAUGGAUGACUUGUAUCAUCAAUGUUUAAGUACCCCUUGAAAAUUGCAAACAAGGUUCAUUACUUUCUCUCUCAAUCAGACAAAUGCAAGCUAUUAUGAAGGAAAGUCCUGGAAAAUUUGUUCUGCAAGUUAUACUGUAAAGUUUUAAACUAAAACAGCAUUAUUUGCUUUGUAACAAAGCUAACUGCAUCCUAUGAGUAGGGAUGAAGGACAAAUUUGAUUUGGUCCAGCACCCUUUAAUAUUUCAUUUGCAUUUUGUUUUGAACUUCAAUAUUAAAGAUGACCAGUACUACCCAUUAAACUCAUGAUACCCGAUUCUCAUCUCCAUUUCAUGCAAGGAUAUAUCGUCAAGAAAUUGAAUUUAAAAUAUUUUUGUUCAGAAUGAACUACAUUUCUAUUGCUCUGUUGUAAGAAAUUUCACUACGAACAAUAUGUGAAUACUCUCAUUUUGUAAAGAAUUUGAAAUAUUUUGUUCGAAAAUGGGAAAUAGAUCUGUUCCGUCAGGGUACCCUUUGAAUUUGUUCCUGGCUAUCCCAAACAUUUGGGGUAAAGUGUUUGUAUACUAGCAAGUGGAAACCGCUGCAGCUAGUCAGAGUGUAUUCUAAUUUAUACAUCACAUAUAUAUGUGACUGGAGUGGGAAAUAUCUUUCAUUGUUGACCUAAACCUUUAUCAUGAAUGAAAUGUCUCAAUUUUGUACAAGAGAAGUAAUGAAUAAUAAUUUAAAUUGAAUAGUCCCAAUUUCUCCCUUUCAUUGAAUGCUUUCAUAUAUUGUCAGUAUUGUAUUUAACAAUUUUCUUUAGACAAGUCAGUUAUUACUCAAAGUACAAUGCAAUUAUUUUCUUGUGUAUCAAUGGCCUGUGCAUUUGUUUUCUUACUAAGUAUGCAAGAAAGGACAUGUAUGUCUUGGACUUGUAUUUUGUAAGCAUAUGAAGUAUUGCCACAAUAAUGUAGAUUUAAUUGUGCAAUUUGUUUUGAAACCACUAUCACCUAGUACAGAGAUGUGGUUUUCUUUUUCUUUUUUUUUCUUCCUCAAUUCCAAGAACUAAAGGGAAUUAAUCCUAUUUAUCCUCACUUGAAGUUUGUUUUGUUUUGAGAUGAAAGCUGGAUGAUGGGUUUAGAUAAAAGUCUAUUGCAUAUACCUCGAGAAACAAAGAAGUGAUUUGUAUGUAAAUUAUUGCUGAAGUAACAAAUAAUGUGAAGUGUGAUGCCAAUCGUGAGAUUACCGAGAUUGCAGAGCCAUAUGUAUUAACUUAUUUAUAUCGUUUAAGUCUCUGCAUCCUCGUUAGGCUAGAUAUGUGUAUUAGAACGUGCUUAUACUCCAGAGAAGAUGUCUUGAGGAGCAAAAGGCGUUUACAAGCCGUGGCUCCUCCGCUUCUGAUGCGUCAUCAUGAAGAUAUAUGGUGUGGUUUCGUGCAAAAUGAAAACUGAUAUAAAGAAGCAUAUAUUCCAUGUAUGUUGGUGCUCCUUCUUUUGCUACGAAUGCGAGAUUCAAACCAACGAGAAGCAUUGCACUGAGGUAUUAGCUGUUGUCACGGCAACGUAUAGAAUGCUGGAUGUGUCGGUCGCAUGUGGAAAUCGCCGGGAAGUGACCGGCCGGUCGUUGUGUGAUUGGUCUAUUUGUGAUCUAGCCAUGUUUUGUGAUACAACUUAAUUUAUAUGUACAUUACUUGAUCAUUUUGGAUAUGGGACUAGUUGGGUAGCUCAGUUGUACAUUUUUUUUGUGGAAAUCGAAGAGAAACGAUGAUAACAAUGCUGCAUCAAGCCUGUGUCAUGUCAUUUCAUCCUCAAUCAUUGUCUUGGUGUGAACGCACCCAUCUUGUUAAUGCAAUUCUCAUGUAAGUAGGGUCAUAUAUAAAUAGAAAUAGUAAUAAAGACAUUGUGUGAUAUGUUUCAAUUUUUCUGUUUUUGGUUUUUUACUCAUACUGAUUUAUAUUUGUGUGUAAUAUUUGUACGAAGUUUAGCCUUGUACGUUGUGUAUUCAAUGGGCACAUUGUUGUUUGGUUGUCAUGGAUAUUUGUAUCUGUGUGAUAUGUUUUUCAAUUUCAAUUUUCAAUUUUCCUUUUGACUUUUAUACAGAUGUAUAUUUUUGGGUCGCAAGUCCCAAUUCUGCUUAUGCGUGUAGUACGGUGCAAGAACUUUUGUGUCACGGCUAAAAUAUUAUUCUUUGUUCAUCUCACAACUUCUUUCCCUUCUGUUUUUUUUCCUGGAAAAUUAAUGAAAUUGAACAGCUGAUUUAUUCCCUGAUUUGUUCCAGAAUUUACCAGAAUUUUAAGCUAUUCGGGUGGGAACACCAUGAAUAUUUGUUUUCAUAAAUCUGACGUAAUUGCAUUUGUCAUUAUUAUGUAGUCUUCGUCAUCAUAUAAUAAGAUAAUAUUCACUGCUGGACAUAUAGAAAUUAUCCAUAAACAGGAGCCCCUUUCUUUAAAAUGUUUGGAACUCCUGAACAAUUCUGACUUCGUUAAUUUUCCUGCUGUUGUUUUAUGUGCUUACACAUUGGACAUGGGUAUCAAAAUAUGCAAAGUAACAGAUUUUGUUUUUGUUGUUGUUAAAAAUAACAAGAGCUACUCGUAUAUAUGAAUUAGAUCCUCUGCCAAUUCUCCCGAAAAUUUAUUUAUGAGUAAUUGCUUGUAAACUUCUUCAAAUUACUGUUUGCAUCAACUGACCAGAGAACUAACUUGUCCGAACGCACAACGUGUGGGUUAUUGGAUGAUGUAGGUCUGGGCCUGUCGGUGCCUUACGUAACAAGGCGCUCUUUCUCACAACAACAUCACAGGUUUUGAACAAAUAACACCUUUCAACAUUUCUACCCACUCAGUGCUGCAGCAUGCCUAAUGUUACAACUUUCUGUGAUUGAAAAUAUGGAAUGUUGUGAGGUUGUAAUGUUAACUUUUUAUCAUCUCCAUAAACUAUUGGGAGAAAGUGCACCAAGUUAUCUCAAAAUGUCUUAGUUUGAGUUGCAAUGUUGAUGCAUUACUGGCUGAGUUUUUAUUUGUUCCCCCUGCAUAAGCCCAUCAUGGAAACAGUAACUUACAUAUUAUAUGGCUUUGAGACUCUACAUUUAUAUUUCUUGCAAUUAAAAGUGUACUACUAGCGUGGGUAGAACCGGCCAAAUUCCUGCUCAUCUUGCGACAAUUUGUUGUGAUUGUCAAAAUUGAGUGUGACACCAGGAAUCUUUAACAGAAAGUACAUUGAAGUUUCUAAAUCGGCAACUUAUUGAACAAAUUUAGAUAUUGAAGAAAAUAAAUUUUGCAAAGUUUAUACUUCCUAUCAGAUUUCUGUUAGUUAUUUUCUUUUCAUAUACCUGGAUUUUCUUAAGAUCAGUGAGAGUAAAAGAUAACUAGCAAUGUUGUCAAUUUGAAGAAAGAACUGAUUAACUUGGCUGUUAAAAUAUGCCUUGCCAUGAUGGGAAUGUGUGUAGGAAGGAGGUCGAUAUUUGAAACUAUGGGACUCUGUUUUACAACGCAGAAUGGCUGAACAAUCGAAAGGAUCAUGUAGCAAAACACUUGAACAUUCCAAAAUCAUGAAAGGAAAUAGCAUGCGAAGAAGUUGUGAUAUUGACUGCUUUUAGUUAGAUUUAGUCACACACUUAACCACCAUAUCAAGUAUCCAAAUUCUUUGAAUGAAUUUUAUGUAGUGUUGUAAAGGAAUUGAAUGAUUAAUGUAACUUAUUUAGAUAGGAAAGAAAGUGAACCUUGAAUUAGAAUCAAUAGAUAACGCAUUAAUUUGAAUAUUGAUUAGUGCUAUUUUGUAUUGAAGAGAAUGUUUUGUAGCCUUUUGUACAUUUAUUUGUAUGCAUUUACUUACAGUCUGUUUUUAUUGAUGCAAGCAAAUGCAAAAUCAAGAUGUUCAAAUUAAGUUAUAUGUUUAAUAUAGAUAGUAGAAAAGAUUAUCCUUGUGUUUAAUUGUUCUCAUGGCUAUGCACAAAUGCGACGUGUCAUUUUUUAAGGCUCAAUUUCGAACAAGAAAUGCAGGCACUGGCAUUCAAUCAUUUAUUAUUUUCCUGCCUAUAAACUCAUUAAAAAAGUCUGUAAAUCUUUUAUGAUUGUUUUUGUUUUCAAUCAUUCAUCAAUUGUGAUUCUUUAUUCCUCUUUUGUUGUUUACUUGCAAUCAGUAUGUAUAAUAAAUCUUCUCUUUUUUCAUGUUGAUUCGUGUAGUUUUUCAUGUGAAUAUUUAUUAAUCGCCUCUGUACUGUAGAAGUGUGAUAUUUGUAUAGUUUUGAGUGACAUGUUGUCAGAGGUUCAUGUCUCUAUUGCAAUUUUUGUAAUAUAUAUAUAAUAUCGUUUACAAUGCAUUUUUAAGAAAUAAACAGAUUUGAACAACUUUUCUUGUAAUAAAGGGUUCAAGAGAAUAAGGAAAAAUCAUGAGUGAAAUUUGUUUUAUUAUAGAUUAUGUUCACUGUUAUUCUCCUUUUAAUUUGUAUUUUGACUGAAUAUAUAUUAAGUGGAUUAAGAUUAUUGAUCCAUCAGGGCAUUUUCUUUUUUCUUUCUUUCCUUGUAGGUCCAUUUUGUUUCUACCAAGUCAAAUUAGACAGUAUUAAUACAAAAAGCAUUACAAUGAUGUCAUGCAAAUACAGUCAGAAUUGUCAUAGUGGCCAUCUUGAUAUAGAGGUAACUUGUCUCCCCUCAGAAGAAAUAUCUGGAAGGGCCACCUCUCUUAUACUUUUUAUAUAUUCAUCACUGGCCUUUGUAGACAGCUUUGACUAUAUUUAUCAUUCAUAACUACCAUAAAGCAUAUGUUUUUGUCUCUCAGAAUAAACUUUGUGCCAUGUUCUAAUGCCCCAGAAUGUGUGUUCAUAACGGAUAGUAUGUUGGUUAACCUGUGUAGAAUGGCUACCUUGCUUUCAAUACUUUUUCGUUAACCCAUAGUUUUCCAGGAAUGGCCACUAUAUGCAAGGUUUUUGUUGUGUGACCAAAAAAGGUGAAUGAAUUAUUCCUGAGUAGCUGCACAUUGUUACUUUCUUUGGAUCUCUUAACCUGUUUGGAUCCAGAAGGGCAUUAACUCAUACACAGUGUUAAUACCGUUCUUGCUCUGAAUAUGCAAUAUCAGGAAUGGACAGAACAGUAGUUUAAUAAUAAUAAACAUACAUUUCUUUAUGGUAGCUUUGAAUUUUUCACUGGUCCUUUUCAAAUUUCACAUUAAAGUAUAUCUAAGGAAAGUUUCUUUCAGUUGGACGAAUAAACCAACAACCAAAAUGCAAACUGCAGACUCGAUUUUCAUCAAUGUUGUACUUAAUCUGUCCAAAUAUAUGAAAUAUGAAUAUGAUGAAAUGAUAAAAUGAAUUGUAAUUUUCCAGUUUUGUUAUAUUCAAUUAUUCAGCUUACUGCAAUAAUGGAAAUCAGUAAUCAGGAUAACUAGACAGAAGAAAUUAAAUAUUUUUAUCAGCCAGUGGGAAUAUAGUAGUUUACAGAAUACCUUUAUGUGUGUGUCAAGUAAGGAAUACUUUGAAUUACAGUUUAAGUGUAAAUCUGAAUUCUCCAUUGUUUUAUGUUUGUAUUGUAGACUUCAAAUAGGAUAUCCUUUUUUUCCGGUGCUCAUUCAUGAAUGUGUACUUAGCAAUGAUCGUCCAAAACCGAAUACAGAAAACGAUGACGAAAGCAAUAUGGAUAACAUUUGUCCUUCUAUGACCGUGUAUAUCAUGUUUGUAUUUAUUCUUUACGAAAGGGUGCUUCACUUGUAUGUAAAUUGAUUUGAUCAUGAUAUGCUUAUCUGUUAUAGGGAGACGAGUUGUAGUCAGAACAAAAAUUGUGUAGAGAAAGGAUGAUACUUUUUUUCUAAUUAAAAGAAUAAUACUGUUUUCUGUCCUCAUCUCGCGAUACUCAUUUAUCGUGGGGCAGAAGGACAAAGAGAAUGUCAAUAAAAAAAAAAUUAAAAGAAA